CUUUCCUUUCAUUUGACGUGUCACUCGACGAAAUUAAUUUUUUUUCCUGCUAAAAAGAAAUUAAAUUCAAAUCGAAAAAAGGGAAACAAAACGUUUGAGUAAAUUGUGUGAAUAGAACAAACAGAAUGUCUCGUUAUAAAUCUACUCUACAAUCCGAAGAUCCCGAUGAAAUUGGAGGACGUCCUUCUGACGCUGCAACAACCACAUUCAAUAUGGACGAUUGGCGGAAGAUAUUUCAUGAGGAGCCAUCCCCCAUCGGGAUCGUUCCCGAGGAACGUGUCCACAUCGAGCAUGACCUGCAGACAUUUAUGGAGACGCUCGAUGCUGCAGAUGGUGCGGAUACUUUUGACGACGUCCAGGAGCUGCAGGUUCUUAUCAAGACUGAAACGAUUGACGAUGAUGGGGAAAAAGCCAUUGGAAGCAGCAAGAUGAAAAAGAAGUCGAAAAAGAAGGCAGCUGGACAGCUGCACCAGAAGAAGCCAGCAGGAACGCUGCAGCAAAAGCCAAAAGUGAAGAAACGGAUUCUACGCCGUCGACUCGAGGAAUUCUCGUUUGUGCAAAAACUUUAUCUGGCCACCAACAGUCCCAGCAUUGACUUUGUCAACUGGUCGAAGAGGGGCAAGCAUCUGAUUGUGCAAUAUAUGGCGCUGCAGGAACAUUUGACCGGCCCUCGUUCCAUUUUCCGUUGUCGCAGUGUCCUCCAGUUCGCGGAGGAGCUCUCGCACCAUGGCUUUAUGCGUGUGCUCGACUACGACUUGAAGGAUCCGGCCAAGGGCACCAUAGUUCUGGUCUUUCAGCACCCCAACUUUGUGAUGGGCAUGCCGCAAAAGCUCCGUCAGAUAAGCAACCUUAACAUUCAAGAGGAUCAGGAGAAUGAGCUGCUGCAGAAGCAAAAUGGCAAGGACAUCUGCGCCGCCUUUCACUCGUACCUCUCGCCCCUGCAGGCGGCACGCUGCCGCCUACACACGGAGCUGAGCUACCAUUUCGACAUGGCGCUGCUCCAGGAAUACGCCAAUGCGUCCAACAAGCCGGUGGCCAAGCGAGCCGGUCGUCCCGCACAAAUCGUGGAGACAACCGUGGAGCAACAGCUCGUGGGCAAGACGGACAAAUUUGUGAAUCCGUACGAAUCGGUGGCCAAGAUACUCACGAAGCAGGUGCCCUCGUAUGCCGGCUACUAUGGCAACGUGGCGCUACCGAAGCUGCAGGACUUCUUUCAGGAGUACAUGCCCCGCUAUGGCAUCAAGAUCAGCGGCUACAAGCAGAUCGUGAUUGAUGGCCACAACAAGUCGAGCGACUUCAAUCAGAAUCUACCGAUUGGCAUCGACUACUCCGACGAGGAGAACGAUGAUCCAGCCAAGAAGGAGACCUUUGAUCUGGAGCAGGUUAUGCAGCAGCUGUGCGGCGAAGAUGGCGAAGGCAUCGCCAGCAACACCCCCAACAGCAGCAGUACAAGCAGCAGCACAUUCAAGCCCAAGGAAAAACCAAAUCCGAAGCCGAACAAGUCCAAGCAAAAAUCAAAGCCAACCUCGAAAUUGACCGCGCUCCUGGAGUCCAGCUCCACCUCCAGUUCCAGUUCUAGUGAUGACGAUGAUGAGCUGGAUGAAGAUUCCGCCGCGCUGGAGAUAGUGCUGAAUGAGAACAACGGCACCUACAAGUUUAUAAAGAAAACUAAAGCACAAGAGAAGCUUUCCAAGGUGACUGCAGAGCAGAAAGGGUCAAAGAAACGCCAGAAUGCAGAUGAUCAGGAAAAGGGAAAGGAACCCUUGACCAAGAAGUCAAAGAAGCUGCAAACAGCAGACGAGCUCGUGGUCAUGCCCGACGAUAAUGAAGAAACUUUGGAGGAAACAGUGCAGAAGAAUUUGAAGCCUUUCCUUCAGAAUGGGGGGGACGAGGAGGACGGGCUCAUGGAUUUCGCUGGCGAUGACGACGAUGAGGAGUACAUCGACCAGAAGGUGCUGCGCCGCACAGCCACACUAUCGGCGGCCAAACGCCGCAGCUACGAUUUGCGCAAAGCCAAGCUUAGCUCCAAAAAUAAAUAAUAAAUAAAAUAGAAACAAAUAAUAAAAUAAAAUAAUAGUAAAAUAAAACUGGCUUUCAAAGCUAACAAA